AUGGCUAAAGCUAAGAACCCCUUGACUGAAGAGCUUGCCAAAUUCGUCAAGGAGAAGUUGGAUGAGUGGAAAGUUCCUGGCAUCUCGGUUGGAGUCAUUGACAAAGAUCAAGUGUUCACAGCGGGCUACGGCACUGCAACACUCCCAGAUACACCAGCCACACCAGAAACGCUCUGGUACGCUGGGUCUACGACAAAAGCAUUCGCAGGAGCCGUCAUUGCGCAGCUUAUCGACUCAAAGAAGUAUCCUGCCCUGGAGAAGGGAUGGCAGACGACCAUCAGCUCUAUUCUCAGAGAGGACUUUGUCCUACAGGACGAAUGGGCUACGAACCACCUCACGCUCGAGGAUGCGGUUUCUCAUCGCACGGGGAUGCCGAGGCAUGACCAGUCGGCGUCGAGGCUCCUGGAUGAUGGAGAUGGGGGCAAGAGACAUGCUACUGUCAAGGACGUAACGCGCAACCUGAGGAACUUGCGUCUGUCUGAGGAGCCGCGCGUCAAGUUUCAGUACUGUAACUUGAUGUACGGCGUCCUGUCGCAUGUCAUCGAGACGGUCACGGGGAAGCCCCUCGGCGAGGUGAUGCGCGAGCUCAUCUUUGAACCCUUGGGCAUGACUUCGACAUAUCUCUCCCUGGAUGAUGCAAGAGCGAGCCCAAAACACCUCUCGGCGGGAUACUACUGGGAUGAAAAGACUGGCAAGUAUGUUCUAGUGGAGGACGUUUCCGUGAUUGAGCAUGGCGGUGCGGGAGCCAUCAUCUCCAACACGGAGGACUAUGCCAAGUGGGUAAAGUGCAUGCUGUUCGAGAAGGCUCCCUUUUCCAAGGCUGUCCACAAGGAUAUCCGCACGCCGCGCAUCGUCCAGAGCAUGCCCAGGGACGGGAAGGAUGUGACCACGUAUGCGCUGGGCUGGGAUCGGGUGCUGUAUCAUGGCCACCUCAUGUACAGCCACGGCGGAGGCAUGAUGGCUGCUGGGAGUACAGUCAUCUGGUUGCCCGACGACAAGCUUGGACUCGUGGCGUUUGGGAAUACGUCGAUAACCUCCAACGCUGUCAUUGACACAGUGCUGUACAAGCUUCUUGAUGAGAAGCUGGACAUUGCGCCUGAGAAGCGGACGGACGCGGCCAAAGGGUGGCGUUCAGUGAUUGAUCAUUUUAUUCAAAGCUACGACAAGUCUAUGGACAAUCUGUUUCCCAAGAGGCCUAACCCUCCCGUCCCAUCGCCGGUGAGCGUCAAAGACCUCGCAGGGAAAUACUACGACCCCGGGUACAAGACGAUUGAGCUACGGGCCGAGCCACACCCCGACAAGCAGGGCGAGGAUAUCCUCGUGGCCGAGCGCGACGACGCGACGUGGCGGAUCCAUAUGAGGCUGCACCACGUCUCAGGCACCUGGUGGAUCAUGUACGCCCUGGAGAUGGGCAGUCCAAACCUGUUCCGCGAGUGCGAGCAGGUCGAGUUCAAGAUCGGGCACGACGGCAAGGCCACGGCGCUCGAGGUGGACUUUUACUCCCUCAUUGGGAACCAGCACGAGGGCAAAGUCGUCUUCAACAGAGUGAAAGAAGCUUAG